UAUUUUCCAUUCAUUCUUGAAAAUAAAAAAAGAAUCUUUAUCAAAAAAGAUAUGAAUUUAUCUUGAUAUUUUUUUUGUUUUAAUUGUCGGUGUUAGUCCUUUUUCUGUUUUAUAAACUUCAAUGUAUAUUUGUUGAAGUGUGUAAUGUAAAAAUGGCUGAAAUUAGACUAACAACAAAAGGGCAAGCCAAGGUUAGGAAUGUACCAAUAGCAGUAACUCCAGAAGGAUUUUGGUGUUGUCCAUCACCUGUUAUGUUUCAAAAAAACUUAAAACCACAACAUCCAUUAAACAAGCCUAAAUCAUCAUCAUCUUCAUCAUUAGUAGCUCCACCUAAUAAGAAUUCUAGUGAUCACAAAAAACAUUCAUCAGAACUUGAAAAUAAACCAUCAUCAAGAGCCACUUCUAAGUCAGAAAAUGGUGUAGUUGUUCCUGAUGAUCAAAGGAAAAAUGGGCUUGAAACACCUGUUGUGGCUGACAGGACUGCAGUGAGACCAAAUACCGAAAAUUUGCCUAGAAAGGUUUCUAUUGAGUUUGGUGAACCUGGAACUGGUGAUUUAAAAGUUGUGUUAAUGGGGAAACAAGGGUUUGUUGUGAAGUUGAGUGUGCAUAAGAAUAUAGUUCAGGAGAAUAGUAGUUUUUUCGCUGAGAAGUUAUUAGCGCAACAUCCGACUUUUAGUUGUAUUGAAGUUGAUGAUUGUGAGGAUGUUGAAACUUAUGUUGAGACUGUUGGGUUGAUGUAUUGUAAGGAUUUGAAGCAGAGGUUGAUCAAACAAAGCGUUUCUCGUGUGCUUCGUAUUCUUAAGGUUGCAGAGCAGCUUGGGUUCAAAACAUGCAUGGAAUCCUGCUUAGAUUUCCUGGAGGCUGUCCCGUGGGUAGGAGAUGAAGAAGAAGAGCGGGUGGUAGCUUCUGUGUUGCAUCUUCAAAGUGAAGGUAUUCAGGUCAGCCCAAUAUUAAAACGAGUAGCAUCUGAUGUUUCCAAACCCCCUAAAGACACCCUCUCACACGUGCUCCAGCUCGUCCUCAAAAGCAAUGAAGAGAAAGGACGCCGGGAAAUGAAGUCAAUCGUCUUAAAACUUUUAAGAGAAAGUAACAAGUCCCUUCCAAACUCAAGCUCAUCAACUGCUAUUGACCUCUGUAACGACACCAUUUACGCCUCUUGUAGAACCUGUUUGGGUUCUUUGUUGUUUUUAUUCCGACAAGUAGCCCAGCCUGAGUUUGCACACCAACCCAUGGAGCUCAAGGACCCGGUAAUCAAACAGAUGGUUUUGGAGGCUGAUAACCUCUCAUGGUUACUUGAUAUAUUAGCAGACAAGCACGCAGCAGACGAGUAUGCAGUCAUGUGGGCUAGCCAACAAGAAUUAGCUGGACUACACCCACGGGUUCCUAUAGUCAAUCGUUACCACAUUAGCUGCAUAACUGCGAGGCUAUUUGUUGGGAUAGGAAGAGGCGAAGUUUUACCAAGUAAAGACACCCGCCAUCUGCUUUUAAAAACUUGGUUACAGCCAUUGAUCGACGAUUACAGUUGGUUACAACACGGGUGCAAGUCAUUUGACCGUAAGGUUGUAGAGGAAGGGAUUGGGAGGACUAUAUUAACACUCCCACUCGAGGAUCAACAGAUCAUUUUACUUGGGUGGUUGAGUAGUUUCUUAAAGGCAGGCGAUAACUGUCCAAAUCUACAAAAGGCGUUUGAGGUAUGGUGGCGUAGGACGUUUGUUAGACCGUACACGGAACAAGGCAACUCACAACCUUCGGAUUAACUCAUUUGAAUAUCUGAGUGCUUGUAACAAAUAUGUAACAGUGUGCAUUUCGUUUCAUUGAUUUUGUUUUGAGAAUCGAAAUUUAGUUUGGUUUGUUAUUAAUUAUAAUUUUAAUAA